CGAAUCCGAAGAUUGCAGGUUCGAGUCCUGUCACGGUCGCAAACCUUUUUGUUUAACUAUCAAUUUCAUACGCAUGAAAGUUUGUUUUAAUGUAAUGCAUCUUCUAAAUAUCUAAAAUCUUCUAAAUCACAAAACAAUUUAAUAAAUACAUCUUAUAAACAUGGAUUACGUAUUCAAAUUAGAAAAUAAUAAAAUAAAUAUCAUAAUUUUUCAUGGCAUUGCCAAAUUGUAGCUACAAGCAAAGAGUUUUUGUGAUGUAUAUAAUGCUGCAUAUCUUGAACGGCGGUUUUUGGAACUAAAACCAGUUACAAGUUUAGGUUUUAUGUGUUACAACAAUGAACUUAAACGAUUUCGCAUUAUGUCCCCGCCGCAACAAGAAGAAAACGCUAAAAGUUACCUAUAUACAAAAUGGCGCUUCAGGUCACACACGAAAAACCUCCACAAUCACCAGUAAAUCAAAGAGCACAGAAAAAUGGCAUUCUGAAAGUAAUUCAGUUACACACACAUCAAACACAACACAUACAACAGUGGAUGAGUCUGGGAUUAUCAUAGCAAUCACGGAGGGGCGAGGCGAAGCAUCCUGUGAAGUAGGCAUUUCUGCCAUGAACACUCAAAACCCUGAAUUGUCAUUGUCGCAAAUAUCGGACACCAGCAGUUACAUCAAGGUGCUGAAUAAAAUUCACGUUUUAUAUCCAUCAGAGAUUUUGGUUCCGAUAACAUUUACAAGCACAAGACUCGUCGAGAUGUUAAAAAGCACAUUCCCAGCGGUAAAAAUACUCGCGAUUGAUCGGUCGGCAUUCCGCAAGGAUUCCGGGCAACAAUUCGUGCGCGAUGUAUGUGCCAAAGCAUACAAUCCGGUGAUACUCGUACUGCAACAUAAAUACUACGCACUUACAGCCACCGGCGCAUUGCGCGUUUAUCUCGAGACUUAUAAGCGUGAAUUUUAUGCGAAGGAAAGCAUGCGGGUAACUUACACCGAGUCGGAUUCCAAUUCGAUGAUAGAUGUCUUCGUCGCAGACAAGCUGGAGCUGGUGGCGUGUGCUCUCGAAGACGAUACUAUACAUAGAAAGACUUCCAGCUUACGAGGGAUACUUAAUCACUGCAAGACAAGAUUGGGUAGUCGAAUGUUAAGAUCGACGAUUUUACAACCACCGAAUCAGUUGGAGGAGAUCGAAAGUCGUUUGGAUUGCGUUGAGGAGUUGCUUAAAUGUCCUGAAAAACAAAUCGCACUUCGGGAUAUAUUAAAGAAACUGUCAACUUUCGGUCAAGUAUUAUCUCUUGCUACAAUACUGAAAGGAAACGCGCAGUACUGCGACGAGCGCCACUUAAACUACGUUCUGCGCCUGAACAGCUUCUUUGAUGAGAUAGAACCGAUGAAGGAGAUAUUAUCCACAUGUAGAUCUAGUUUCUUCCACGAGGUACUUGCUACUUUAAAUCGAGAAGAGUUUCAAUUCCUCAAUACCGAGUUCAAGCGGAUUCUUCACGAGGACGCUCGGCCUUGUUCAGGAGAACAAAGCACAACAGCACGUUGUUUUGCCAUCAAAGGUGGUGUAAGCGAUGUUUUAGACUUUUUGCGCACAAAAUAUUCCAAUCGUGUGGAAGAAAUGCGCAAACACGUUGCAGAGAAAGCUCUAGAAGUUGGUUAUGAUCUGAAAUUAUCAAACAGCCAAAAGAAGGGAUAUCAUAUGGUCUUGCAAUUGGGUGGAAAACAACGUAACAAGUUUAAUAAGUCCACAUUACCUGUUGAUUUCUGCCAGGUUGACAUUAUGGCGACGAUGGUAACAAUGAAAACCAUUAAAUUACUAACAUUAUCGAAUUUUUUAAGCGACACAGCGACUGAAAUAAUUAAAAUCAGUAAUAUGCAUCUCCACAAAUUACUGCUUAAAGUCCAGGAAAACAUUUCUUUACUUUAUAUAACGUGUGAACAGGUAGCAAAAUUUGAUUUUCUACAAUCACUAGCAAAUGCUACAGCUGCGGGAAAUCGAUAUGUUCGUCCCAAUUUCGAUAAUUAUACUAAAGUUAUCGAUGCGCGUCAUCCUCUCUUAGAUUACAUUCUCGAAAAGGAACCUGUUGCAAAUAACAUCAUCGUAACACCAGAACACCGCCUGCAUUUGAUCACGGGCGCCAAUGGUUCUGGUAAAUCAAUUUACAUUCGACAAAUAGUUUUGUUGCAAAUAAUGGCGCAGAUCGGUUGUUUCGUGCCUGCAACCAGCGCCACCUUUCGAAUAUGCGACCGGUUUCUUGCGAGGAUCUACUUUGAGGAUAACUUUGAGAACGGUGCAUCUGCAUUUACCCUCGAAAUGAAAGACAUUAAAUAUUUCUUCAAUGUUAUCACUGAUCGAACGUUGAUUAUCAUUGACGAAUUGUGUCGUUCGACUGCCGUGCGUGAAGGAACCGCACUUGCAAUGGCGAUUUGUGAACACUUGAUGCGCACACCCGCUUUUAUUUAUUUCACAACUCAUUAUACCUACAUUACAAAACUACAACAAUUAUAUCCACAGAUUAAAUGUUGGCAAAUGGAAACAAAAGAAAUUCAUCAUGAAGCUAAGAAACCAAAGUUACACUUUACACACAAAUUAAUACCUGGUGUUGUUACCCUGGAAGGUUACGGCUUGGCUUUAGCAAGAAAUGUUUGGCCUGACACUGCUACAACUGAUGCAGAUCAACUUUUAAGAAAAAUAGAUGAUAAAUCUUUGGAUACUUCAAUUGAUAAGAAGAUAGCGCUCAAAAUUAAUUUAGAAAACACCCUUGCUGAGUUAAAACGCGUGGGAAAAUGCGACAAAUGCACUGCGUAUCAAUUAUGGCAAGAGUAUCAAGCUGCACUGCAAGAACUCGGCGUUACAAUUAAUAUUGAACGACGUGUGCGUAAAUCCACGUUCAAUUCGACUCAAAACGAUGACGUUGAUAUGACUCUCACACAAGAACAUUUUCAAGCCGAGUUUGUCAGCACAAAUUAUUCUUCCCAUCAGUCACGCGCAAAUUGUUCAAGUUUUACUGAGAAUUCUUAUCUUCAGCAGAAGGGCAUUAAUAGAUCUCCUCUCAUCAUAAAUUCAAGCAUUUCAAGUAAUUUUAAUACUGUCCCGAAGCAACCUGUUAAAGUAUUACAAAAUUUCACUAUUGCCAAACCGGUAAACACGUUAUCUCGAAAUUAUUCUGGUAUUGCGGCGAGAGAACAAGCAAUUUUGCGCGAUUCUGAUGAUUUUUCGUUUGUGCCAAUGUCUCAGUCGGUGUUUAAUAAUGGUAACACUGCUUUUGACACAUUUACGCAAAAUAUUCGAAAUAUUCAACAGGCUAGUCAGGCUGAGAGAGAGUUUAACACUUCAUGCACACAUAAUGAAACACUUGAACAAGUAGAUUUUCUAAACAAAAGUCAUGCCUUUGAUCCAUAUGAGAUAAACUUAAGUUUUUCAUUCGACGGUGAAGAUUCACAAAGUACACAGGCAAACGUAUUUGAUUUUUGUGCGCCUGAAGUACCCAAUAAUCCUUUUCAAUUUGAGUCUAAUACGCAAUCAAGUAGUCAUGAUGUACGAAUGAUUGAAGAUAUUGCUCACAAAGAACUUUCGAUUACAAGUUCACAUUUUAUGAACAAUUUGCGUGCUGAAGACGCGUCGACACCAAUACCAUCUGGUAACUUAAAUACAAUUGAAGCUAGAAUGAAGUAUGCUGAGGCCUGCAUAACACCAACACCACAAAUGUUUGAUAACGAGUUUAAAACUCGUUUACAAAGCAAUGUAUUGACGCCUUGUACCAGCACAACUGGCACUAAACCAAAAACUGUAACAACAGAAACCUAUUCACCUGAAUUGCCCAUUAAGAAGAAGAAAUUAUUAAAUUCUGAAGAACUUAAUGCUGCAUCGUUUGAAAAUUCAUUUUUAAACAAUGUUGCACAAUCUCAAGAAAAUGAAGAGUCACUAGAAUCAUCACAGGAAGUGAUUGAUUUAUGCUCUUCACAAUUGGAGCCAAUCACACCGUUUCAAAAACAAACUAAGAAAAAAGGUUUCAAGUUGUUUAACAAACGCGAGCUUGAACAGUUUUACAAUCAGAUGCGGCUGAAUGCAAUGCAGAGUAAUGAUCCAGAAGAAGUAAGAAAAUAUUGCCAGGAAGUGAUGAAUCGUCCGUCUAUGAAGCAACUACGGGCUUCUGAAGUAUUAGUGACUGCGCGGCGUACCGCAAAUGGACAAUGCGUGUUUGACAAACCGAAGAAACCGAAAAGAUUCCAAGCACCUUUCAAAACAAAUGACAAUUUCGGGCGGAAUAAUCAAAUCAACGCUACAAUGUUCAGCGAUGCUAAUUCACGAGUCUUUGACGAGUACAUGGAAUACAUAAGGUCAGCGAAGGAUAAGACUGAAACACUGGAUUUUGAUGAAUUUAAACGCAGAAGUUCAACGUCCGAAGAUUUCCCUUAAACUAAAAAAAUAAUCGUUGGUUUUAAAUUUGCAAAAAUAGUUUUAUUAAUUAUUAUUAGUUAUUGUUUAUAGUGUUUAUAGUGACAGAGAAUAAGAAAUCAUUUGCCUAA